CGACUUUCAAAGCUCAAGAGCCAAUGCCUGGCACAGUUGUAAGUUGUAGUAGGGUUGUAGCGUGUAGUCGGUAGUUGGUUGGUGCGUGGUGUUCGUGUGUAAAGGCCAAACUUACGAUGGAUGAAGAACUAUGUUGCCCCGCUUGUAAACAAUUUUUCAGCAAUCCCGUCCUUCUUCCGUGUCAUCAUUCUUUAUGUUUACUUUGCGCUAUCCAUCUUCAGCAGCCGGCUAACACACAUAACACAACUUCGACCUUAAACUCUGUGCCAGAAAAUGCGGAAAGUGUAACAUCGGGAAGUUCAGGAGACUAUCAAGAAAGUGACAAGUUGUCAAUACUGAGCGAAACUGACAGUGGGGUUAUUUGUGCCUCUAGACCUAGCAGUUAUAUUGAAAAUAAUUUGUCGGUAGCGAGUACCCUGAGUGUUGCUUGCCCCGUGUGCCAUAAACUAGUUUACUUCGACGAAAAUGGGGUCCACAAUCUUCCCAAAUACAGAAUCAUGCAAAACAUCGUCGAGAAGUACAGUGAAAUUAAGAAUUUGUCGUUAAAAUGUCAGAUGUGCGAAAAAGAACCGGCCAACGAUGCCACUGUAAUGUGCGAACAGUGCGAAGUCAGAUACUGCACUUCUUGCCGCGAAUCCUGCCAUCCUCUGAGAGGUCCUCUAGCUAAACACGUCUUAUCUGACCCCAAGAGAGGUUUGAAUAGCUCCACAAAAGGCAAAACAGGAAAUUGCCCUGAACAUGUUGAAGAGACUCUCAACAUGUUUUGUUCCAUUUGUAAGAUAUGUGUUUGUGCUAUUUGUUUACUGGACACUCGUCACAUGUCACACGAUGUACAACCUGCUACUGUUAUUUGCAAAAUUCAAAAGACCGAUUUGUCGCACAACUUACAACAGUUAUCAGAACGGGCUCGAACGACCACUGAGUUCAUUCAACAGUUAAAAGGACUUAACGAAGAAAUAGAGCACAACUGUGAUGAUUUCGAAAAUAUCAUAUCAGGACAAUGUCAGGCGUUAAUAGAGGCCAUCCACGAAAGAAGAAACCACUUAAUAGAAUUUAUACGACAAGAAAAAGAAAUGAGAAAAGGAGUGUUAAAGGACCAAGUCGCCAGUUGUACGCAACGGCUACAGCAAACUACUGCUCUUCUUCAGUUUUGUAUAGAAGCAUUGAAAGAAACUGACAGUUCUUCCUUUUUACAGAUUGGAUCGAUGUUGAUCAAUAGAGUGGUAGACACUGAUCAUUCGUGGCUAAAAGAAUGGUCUGUUCCUCAGGUAUCUCCUCAAUUUGAGCUAACGCUUGACGAUGCCCCUGUUCUUACUGCCAUUAAACAAUUAAAUUUUAUCCAAUCAAAACCUCCAGUGGCUCCUAUCAUUAUCCCAGAAGAAUGUAAUGCUGAAAAUAAUUCUGUUACAGUAGCUUGGCAACCUCCUAGCCUGAGUCACGUAGAAGGGUAUGUUUUGGAAUUGGAUGACGGUAACGGUGGUGAUUUUAGGGAGGUUUAUUGCGGAAAUGAGACAAUAUGUACAGUUGAUGGAUUGCACUUCCGCAGCCUGUAUAACGCCAGAGUCAAAGCGUUUAAUAGUACCGGAGAAGGAGAAUACAGCGAAUUAAUUGGUCUUCAGACAGCCGAUGUGGCGUGGUUUACAUUCGAUCCAGUCCUGUCAGGUCCAGGAUUGCAGUAUUCGGAAAACAACACACGAGUGACAGGAGAAGGUUGGGAGCAUCGAGUAGCUCUAGGGAGCUUGGGAUUUAGUAGAGGGCUACAUUACUGGGAGUUCACUAUAGAGAAGUAUGAUACCGACACUGAUCCCUCUUUUGGCGUGGCGAGAAUCGACGUGACGAGAGACAAAAUGUUAGGUAAAGACGACAAAGGUUGGGCCAUGUACAUCGACAAUCAACGUUCUUGGUUUCAACACGCAGGAGCUCACGAACAAAGGGUCGAAGGAGGCAUUCAAAUCGGCUCUACCGUAGGUGUCCUCCUUGAUCUAGAACAACACACUCUAUCUUUCUACGUCAAUGAAGAACCUCAAGGAAGCAUUGCAUUCAGAGACUUGUACGGAGUGUUUUACCCUGCCGUUAGUAUCAAUAGAGGUGUCAGCAUUACCGUGCAUACAUCACUAGACCCCCCUUCCGACUUAGAUGAAACACAAUAAGACUGAAUAGGUAUAUUUUAUAUUAAAAAGGAGGAUGGGGGUAAAGUAACGGCCUACUUUACCGACACAAUCGUUGUAUCUAUUUUUUACUUAAGGUCUAAUUGUUUAUUUAAAAUGUGAUUGUCGAUGUUUCGUGGAAUGCAUUUGGAGUAAAUGUAUUUGAAUGUUAUUUAAAAAAUACAUAAAUCCUUUUUCUAAAACCCUUUUCUAUCUAAAUUAAACUUAAAAUAUUUACUAUUGUUUUGAAGCUAUUUUCUUGUGGCAUAUUAUGCAAUUUACUGUUUUAGUUGGGAAUAAGCCACAUUUUUAGUUUGAAGUUACAUUUAUCAACGUUUCGAUUUCUACUUCGGAAAUCGUUAUCAAAAUACAAAUCAAUAAUAAAUUAAAACAAAUUUUGUUUUUGUUGCUUGGUAAAAAAUUCUUCUAUUUUAAUUUUACCUGACUCAUUCAUAUUGACAAUAGGAAACAUGCAUAAAAUUUUAAAUUCGAAAAAAUGUUAUAAAUCACAACAGAACAUAAUUUAAAACAUGUAUCACAAAUAAAAAAGUUGUUUUUGUGUUCCAUUUGGCCCCUAAAGACGAUUAUAAAUUCAAAUUAUAACAGCUAGUCCAAAACGCGUCGUGACGUCAUAUGGUUGUAUGUUUACAUUCUGCACCAACAAAGUAAACAAAAUGGUAUAUAAUUUUAAAUUAGACAUUAUAAACGUCAGUAGAAAAUAGAGCUAUGAGACGUCACAAGUGUUCUUGAUCACACAGCUAAAAUUUGUCCACUGCCGGACAUACGCCUCCUCAAGUUUGUCGCUAUUCUUUUAAUGUCGUCGGUUCAUCUGGUAGGUGGUCUUCCACGACUUCGUUUGUCUGCCCUUGGCCGCCACUCUAAAAUCUUCUUUGUCCAUAUGUUGUCUCUUGCGACGUGUCCUGACCAUUUCCACAUCAACUUCGUAAUGCGUUUUAUGAUGUCUUCCACUCCAGUUCUUCGCCGUUUUUCUCUUUUGAUCGUUUGAACUAUUUUAAAUACAUAGAAAACUUGUUCUUUUACAAAAUGGCACUAAACAAUACUUAUAGUGUUUUCUUAUUUUCCAUAGUAAACUUUCUUCCCUUUCCUUCAAAAACUGUAUCAAACUCCAAUCUCAACAAAUUGGUAUAUAUUAUUACAAUGACAUACUAUAAAUGUCAUUAGAAUAUAAAUAUUUUUCCCUUAUCACGCGACGAUGAGCUGGCCAAAUACCCAAUUAGGUGGAGGCUAAUAAACUAAAGAAGAAGAAUAUACCCAAUUAUAACCAUAAAUAUAAACAUAAAUAAUGUACAACUAUGUGAUGUUUGAACUAUUUUAAAUCACAGAAGAUUUUAAAUUUGUACUACUAAGUUAUUAUGAGUUUUUGAAGCGUGAAAUUUUGGAUGCCACUGUUGAUAAGCAUAUAGCCCUAUGUGAUAACUAUAGGGCUAUAUGCUUAUCAUCAGUGGCAUAUAAAGUCUACACCGGGAUAAUAGAAAGGAAGCUCAGGAAAGAACUGGAAGGAAAACUAGAAGAAGAACAAGCAGCAUUUAGGAAGGAAAGAGGAACAACAGAUAAUAUAUACAUACUGAGAAAUAUAAUUGAAAGGAAAAACGAAAUAGGAGAAGACAUAUAUUACGUUUAUAGAUAUUAAAGCUGCUUUUAAUUCUAUAAAUAGAGAAGUAAUACGGUCAGUAAUGGAAGAUCUGCAAAUCCCGCAAAAGAUAGUAAGCGUGGUAAAAAGUACGUAUAGAAACGUACUUGCUAAAGUACAAAUAAAUGGAAACAGAUCGCCAAAAAUAAACCUAAGGAGAGGAAUAAAACAGGGGGACAGUCUCAGCCCAGUUUUGUUUAUAUUAGUAAUGGAUAGAGUAAUGAAGAGCGCUAAAAGAAGGUCAAGGCAAUUACAGUCAAUAAUAGGGUACAGGAAUUUAGUACCAGUGAGAAUGGAGGGAUUACUAUAUGCAGAUGACUUAGUAAUAAUAGCAGAGAAUAAAGAGAAAAUGCAAAAUCUAAUCAAUAUAUGGGUGGAGGAAAUAGAAAAUUUGAAAAUGGAGGUAAAUGUAAAGAAAACGAAGACCAUGAUAGUAACCCAAAAGAAAAGGGAAGAAAUAAACCAAACGAUAUUUAGGUGCAAAAACGAAAUAAUAGAAACAGUCUCGACGUUUGAAUACCUUGGAGUAAUAAUAUCAGAGGAUGGAAAGAUAGAUCAAGAAAUCUCAUACAGACCGAAAAAGCAAAUAAGAUCUACUAUGCACUAAAUAAAACAAUAUUUGGAAAGGAAGAAAUAGAUAAAGAAAUAAAACUGAAGGUAUACAACGCAAUCUCUGUGCCAACUUUAAUAUAUGCAAAUGAGACAUGAGUAAACAAUGCAAAAAUAGACAGUACAAUAAACGCAGCGGAGAUGAAGCAGCUAAAAAAAUAGCAGGAAAAACGAAAUUGGACAGAAUAAGAAAUGAAGAUAUUAGACAAAGACUGAAACAGGAAUCGAUAAUAACCAAGAUACAAAAAAGAAAAUUAAAAUGGUAUGGACACAUUAACAGAAUGGACCAGGGAAGACUACCAAAGUAGGUGAUGGAAUCGAAAAGAUAUGGUAAAAGAAGGAAAGGGAGGCCAAGGAAGAGAUGGAUCGAUCAGAUUAUAGAAAUUGGACAGGAAAAAGGAAAAACACAUCAACAAAUGAAAGAGUUAGCAAAGGACCGCAAGAAAUGGAAGAGAUGGAUAGAAGAUGAAUAAAACCUCCGACGCCCCUAAGGAGCAUAAGGAGUUUCGAGAAAAGAAGAAGAAAUUUUGGAAAUAUCAUUUUUAAACAAUACUGAACAUUAUUUAUUAUGUAAUAAAUAAAAAAUGUGCAAGUUCCCUAUUCAGAUAGGUAUAUACUAUACACUUUAAAGUUGACGACUUUAAAAUGAUAUUGCCAAUAGUUAUCAGUUGCGUUCCUGGGACGACUUUAUUGACAAAUAGUUCAUUCGAUUACAUGAAAUCAACUUUAACUUAAGAAUAUCCGUCAGAAAAAUCAUAGCAUAUGAUUUGUCUUUAAAAGGACAACCACAUGCAAUGAUGACAAUAUAAUUCUCGAGUUAGUGAUCUCAUAGUAAAUCAGUAGGAAAAACCCAGGUUAUCCUGACAUAGUAAAUAUUUGGUCCUAAAUUUAGUUUACUCAUUUAUAACAUACAUAAUAUAAAAUCAGAGUUUGGAGUUUGGUGUUUGGACAAACACGAUGAAAGACAAAUCACAUUUCACACAUUUUUCUGGCGGAUAUUCGUAAGUUAAAGUUGAUUUUAUGUAAUUGAAUGAACUGCCUUCCAAUAAAGUCGUCCCAGAAGCGCAACUCAUAAAUAUUGGCAAUAUCAUUUUAUAGUCAUAUACUUUAAAAUAUAGGUAUAUAUAAAAUAUAAUAAUAUGUCUCAGUUUUCCAUAUGAAUGAGUCAAAUAAAAUUAAAUUAUUGGUAGAAUUUUUUUUUCAAGCAAUAAAAAUAAAAUUAUUUUUAAUGGCUAAUUUAUUGACGUUGGGUAUUUUAAUAAAUUUUGAAAUACAGUUGGGACUUGUGUCCCAACAAUUAAGCUACAGCGAUAAUAGAAGGAUAACAUGAUGGUACUAUCAUGUAUCACAAGAAAUCAAUGCAAUGAAAAUUGUGAUUUUCCAAUACUUUAUCAAUUCAAUAAAUUUUCUUCCUAUAUGAUAUGUUCUGUCUGAUGUUUAUAUAUUAAAUUAGGUUUUACACUUCUGCGAUCCCCAAAAGAUUUAAUUUGGGAUCACUUUCACUUCAGUUGAUCUCUUGAUCAAAUGUCAGUUGGUUGUUGGUAGUAAAAGGUGGCUCCCUUUUACUACCACUUUGUCUACUUGUUGUGAUUCUGUUAUAUCUAUGUGUAGUUAGGUCAUAUAUUAUGUAUGUCCUGUUUCUUUAUCAUUUGCCAUUACUUAAAUUUUCUUCCUUCUGUUUAUAUUGUAUUUAUCACUAAUUUUUGAUCUGUCGAUCUGAUCGGUGUCGUAAUAUUUUGACUCUUUCAGCGUAGUAGUUAAAAUAGAUACAUAUUAAAUGCUACUAAGUUAUUUGUUUAAUAGUUGUUGGUAAAAAUCUAAUAGCACAAACCCCUUAUUACAUUACCCCUAUUCUGCUUGUAUUUUAGACAUUUUAACACAUGGUUUUACAUGUUAACUUAUACACAAUACAUAUUAGGUUGGAAGAUUUGUUAUAGAUAUCUUAUAUUUAAAUUAUCUUAUAUUAUUAACAAUUAUAUUGAUUAAACUUAUUUAUCAUGAUACUUAUAUAA